CGAGACAACCCUCGCGCUAAUGUUAAUGUUGUGAGGCCGCGCUCCGAAGCCCCUGGAAAUAUAUAUGGCAACAAACUGACAGGCAGGGGAAACAAGCUUUCCAUCAAUCUCCGAGAUUUGAUGCAUGGAGGGAAUGAAUGGCUCUCGAUUAAAAUAAAAAAAACGAAUCCAAGAAAAAAGGGAGGAGGGGAGACAAAACAAGAACUCGCCUGUGAAAAGGACUAGGUGGCAAAGUACGGAGUAGCCAAGGCUGCUGAAAUGAAGAGCCCACGGCACCCCGGCACAGGAUGCGGCUAAAACUGUGAACCACUUGGAACAGUAUUGGCAGAUUAGUAGUAGGGCCAAUAACUCAAAGAGGCGCUGAAAUUGGACACAUAAUAGUCACGGCCGUCGGUGAAGUUGGCUCCUUGCUAUGCUUGCGACGACAAGCGGGCGGCGUGUGUAGCUGCAUGCAAGCUGACCACCAACUUUGGGCUCCUUUUUUUGACAGCAGAUGAUAAGCAUCAAAAUGGCUAGGAUAAGUGCACGGCUGGCCUGUGGAUGUACUAAAUGCGCGAACAAAGAGAGCCGUUCUGGGCCGCUUUGCUCGUAUAAACGAGGUGCUGGUGGUGGUGGUUUGCCGUGCCAUGUCCGGGGCCUCGUAAUAUCCGGGCCUUCGACGGGCCUUGCUCCGUAUUCCAGCCGACGAAUGCUAAAAAUGGCUUUGUCGAUGGUGCCAUCCACUCGCCUGCGCAUUGUAACCCACUGCUGGGGCGAAAGACCGGAGCAGAUGCAGAUGCAGAUGCAGCUGUGCCUGAUGGAAACAGAGCGCAUGUAUGAACCCAGGCUGGCAAUUUGGGGAUCGUCAUUGUCUCGACCACAGAGAUCGGGUUUGCUGCUGAUCAUCGCCUCUUGGACGAACCGACGUAUCCACUGGGCCGUGUCUUGCGUGCCUGCUGGUAUCGAGCUGAUUGAUGAAUGUCUUGGCUUUAAAAAUGAAAAGGCAAAGCCAUUCGUUAUGGGUACCUUGUAA